GCGUGCAGUUCAAUGACACCUCUACCCGGUCAACUCGAGAGCGGCAGCGACGUGUGUCUUGUUUUCUGGAUCGCUGCAAUGCACGUGUCUCGGUAAUUAUUCAACCUGCACGAUCUGCCAAACGAAGACGAGUCCGAUGGCUUAGAGAAGGAGAAAGGGAACAUGAAGCUCAUUUGCCAUGUCUAAGACGGCGGUGAAGAAGCUGCACUGGCGUUCCAAAGUGCAGGACAGCUUCGUCCCAUUGCUGGACUCGUCGGGGAAGCUGGGUAUCGCCAUUGGUGGAGGAGCAGAUUACGGCGAGUUUCCUUUUGUCACGUCGGCACCGGGAGGCGUGCUCACAGUGGGGGACGUCGUCCUCGAGAUUGGGGGGACACCGGUGUUGGGGAUGACAUUAGGAGAUGUCCGGGGCGUCCUCAACUCCUGCCCUCAUCCUAUCCGCAUCAAAACUGUGUCCCCAGGCUCCACAUUGUGCAAGGAUCUCAGGUUGUAUCUGAGCAAGUGUUUCACACCCGGCUCGGUGGACAGCCAACUUCAGCAGGUCAUCCGAGAGAACCUCUACCUCCGCGCUGUACCUUGUACAACCAGGCAGCCUAGAGAUGGGGAAAUCUCAGGCAUAGACUACAACUUUGUCAACAUUGAGGAGUUCUUCUCCUUGGAGGAGUUGGGAGCACUUCUUGAGAGUGGAAAGUUCAAAGGUAACUACUACGGCACACCUCGGCCCGUUCACAUCAGCGCAGAGAGCCCGCCCAUCACCUAUCAGGAACAUCGCAACCUGCUCAGAAACUUCUGCACACGCAGCAGAUCCCUCAACAACCUGGAGAAGUCGGCAGAGGAUGGAGAGAACAGUGAGGAAGACUCAGGUCUGUUGGGAGGCUCUGCAGGUGUUAGCAGCAGCGUCCCUACGAGCCAUCGGUCCCCCGGGAGGCCUCGGGCGUCCAGCAGCGGGGAUGGUCGCGUCGUAGAGAACGGGAUCGUCGGCAGCAGAAGCGGCGCCAGGGUGAGAGGCGUGAUGCCGGACCACUGGGAGCCGGCCUUCAGUGACACAGGAGAGACUCUCUGCAUAGAUCGCCACCCGAAGAGGACCAACUGGCAGAGUCUUCGAGGCUCAAGCAGGGAGACCGUCGACAAAAAUGAGUGGUUCACAGACCAGCCUGGGGAGCUCAGAGGUUUCCCUCUGCAUACGCACUUGAUCAAGGGCUCCAGAGGGUUCGGUUUCAAUAUUGUUGGGGGCAGCAGGCCAAGAGAGUUCCUCCAGGUCUACAGCGUGACUGCAAGUGGACCCUCAGCACUCAAAACAGCGGACAUCCUGGUAUACAUCAAUGACGUGUGUGUGUUGGGAGUGUCUCACAAAGAGGUGGUGGAGAUGCUCAAGUCGGUCCCUGCGGGCCACAGUGUGGACAUCGAGGUUAAAAGAGGGUAUCCCAUGCUGUACAACCAUGAUGGUUGUCCCAAGCAGCCGCCGCCGACGCUACUGGACAGCGGGGACCCAAUCCGACCACCCACCACCACCCAGCCUCAGCCUCUUCACCAACUGCCUCGCCUCCCGACACCCACUCCCCAUCACUUCAACGACAACGGGGUCCACAGUCACGGCAGCGACAUGGAGCCAGGGGUGACUCUAGACGCCAAUGGAAAUGCCAUGUCGUUCGCUGCCAGACAGUCGCCCUUACACAGGCGCUCCAGUAUGAGCAACGCGGCCUCUCCUCCGCCGGUGCGUCCUCCUCGUUCACUGAGAAGUUUAGCCAGGCUGCAGUCUUUUGACCCGACGUUCGCCAGCCAGAGUGACAGUGAAGUUGUUUCUGCCAUUGGAUCCCACAGGGCCUCAAUGAUCCGUAAUCACAACAAUAACUCCCUCUCAACACCCCCCCAUCCUUAUCGUUACGGCACAUUCAAGUCGUCUGAGAGUGACCUGUCCACCUGCACCCUGUCGGGGUCCCGGCUUCCUCUGCCUCAGUCACCGAGGAGGCCCUCCUCCUCCCAAGGUGUCCCCCACAGUGCUCCCUCCCGCCUCUCCAGAACGUAUACCUCACACCUCAGACUUCCUCCCACCCCUGUCAGUCCCCGUCACCACCUCGGCUUCAACAGUUACCAUGCCAACACCAGCCCCACUGCGAGUCGGAGCAGCGUGUCCUCCCCUGGGGCGAUGAGUCUGGGCAGCGGAGUUGGCAGUUUCAGCGGAGGGGAGCUGGUGCCAGUGGCCUUGGCCCGGACCCAAGGAGACCAAGAACUCGGCUUCAGUGUGACAGCUGGCGGUCCAGGAGGCAGGAUGACGAUAGUGAAACGAGUCUGGGACCGGACGCAGUGCAACUCCCUGCAGCCAGGGGAUGCUAUUGUCAAAGUCAACGGCGCAGAUGUGAAGAGUCUGAGUAUUGCACAGGUACAAACAGUUCUCCAGGAGCACACCAGACAGGCGGAAGUCAUCCUUUUGAUUUACAGAGGAGGCAUCUAUCAUUCAACCAUCUCCCCCGGCUCUAAUCGGAGGCUCCCCCCGCCUCUCCUCCACCCCCCUCCUCCACCUGCUGGUUGGGACGUCUCCUCGGUGCUGCCAGAAGCACUGCCUGUGCCCCGUACCUCCGUCAGCAAUCCUCCCUCCCCAGCCCCGAUGCGCUCCUCGCUGAUCCAGAGCACCAGUUUCUUGGAGUCGAUUCCGGUGACCUUGACGAUGGAACCCAAAGACUGGCUCAACACCGGCCUGGAGGACGAGGCGGGCGGCGUCACGGUGCCCGACUCGGGUCUGGAGAGGCCGGGCGGUGAACAAACCCGGCCGCUCCGAGGGUUCGAAGUGGAGCUGAGGAGGAAGCCGGGAGAGGGCUUUGGGUUCGUCAUCGCUUCUCAGGAUGUGGAGAAUGGAAAAGCUGCCUCACUUCUCCCUCACCGGUUUGUGACGGUACGUCGAAGCAGCCCGGCGGCCAAGAGUGGUCAGAUCCGGCCUGGAGAUCGACUCGAGGCGGUAGAGGGGCGCCCGGUGGCGACGCUGCCUCAUCGGGAACUCGCUCAGAUCCUUCGACGAGCGGGAAACACCCUGCGCCUCACCAUCGUCCCCCGUCCCAGCUCAUAUUCCUCAAGCCCUUCAGAACCCACUGGGUUUGACUCCAGUCACAGAAACCGAAAGGGUCAGAGGUCCCGUCCAAAGCGUGACUCCAGGUAUUACAGUGUGGACCUGGAUCGUGGCCCGUCGGGGUUCGGCUUCAGCCUCAGAGGAGGCAGCGAGUACAACAUGGGCCUCUACGUCCUGGGACUGAUGGAGAGGGGGCCGGCCUCACGGAGCAUGAAGAUGCAGGUCAGCGACCAGCUGGUGGAGAUCAAUGGGGACAGUACAGCAGGGAUGACCCACAGCCAGGCGGUGGAGCAGAUCCGCAGAGGAGGCCACCGCAUCCACCUGGUCCUCAAGAGAGGAAACGGCUACGUGCCCGACUAUGGCCGUGAGCACAAAAUCACCUCCCCCUCCCCCCUGCAUAACCCCAAGGAGAAGGGUUUGGCUGCAGUAGACUCCACCGGGCGGAAGGGCCACAGCUCCAGGGAGAAGAGGAGAAGCAGGUCUUCAAAUGGAAUCAAAAAGGAGAAAAGGGCGGGAAGGAGCAGGCAAAGACGGGCCUCGGAGGGAGGAGGACACUCUGGUUUACAAAGCCCCGUCUCUGAGGUGGGAGAGAGGUCUCAGGAAGCCGGAGACAAGAGGAGGAGGAGAAAAAUAGUGUCUCAGAGUUUACCCCGAGGUGCCCACCGAAAUCAUGAUGAUAGUGACACAGACAGAGGGACGGUGAGAGGAAGGAAAAGAGAGAGGAGGAGGGGGAGGAGCAAAAGCAGAGAGAGGAAAAGUCGAAGUGAGGAGAGGGUGAGGAAGACAGAGGGUGAAGAGCCCAAGGAGGAAGUGCAGGAGGGGCUUGCUGUGGAGGAACAAGUGAAAGAAAAGGUGGAGGAGGUGCAGGUGGUGCAGGAGAGAGUCAGUUCAGAGAGAGUUGAGAGUGAAGACAAUGUUUUCUUACCCAUUCCAAGUCCUAACCAAAAGAUUCCCAGACCCAAACAAAAGUGGGAGGUGGAGAGCGAAGAAAACUGGGACAUGACAGCAGAGUACAGGGAGCUGUGGAAAGAGGAGGAGCAGGAGCAGGAGAGGCCAUGGGAUGAUGACAGGGGUGAAAGUAGAGAGACGGAAGUGAACGAGGAGCAGGAAGACGAUGACGCGCAGAGCUGGCGCGUCGAGAGCCCUUUCCCGAGCGGUGCUGUGGUCGACCCGGAGUCACAGAGAAGGCCCUUCUCCUUCCUCACCUCCACACCGUCCACAGAGCAGCCGGGGGACGAUGAGUCGUCGUCUGGAGGCAGCCAAUCGGACGCUGCCAGCAUCUCAGGCCUUUCUCUGGUCGCCACAGAAGCUGGCGGGCGCAGGGCCGAGGUGCUCCCGGGCCCUUGGCUCACGCCCAGCCGGCAGCGGGUGGCGGAGGGGAACAGGAGCGCCGCGAGGCGGACGGGGCAGCGGGGCGGGAGAAGCGCCGCCUCUUGACAUUUCAACAGGGAGCGGAGCAUGCGGCAGCUGAACGAUACGUAUCAGAUUCUAUCAGUCCCACACUGUUCGACCUCGACUUGUUUUUCUGCGGCUACCCACACGACCAACGUUUUCUCUCAGUCACUUUGAUAUCUACAGUCGUAUGAAGUCAUAUUCGUUGUGCCUUUUUGCAGCUGACCUCUGGCUGAUAUUAAAUGUCGAUCACAUUUUAACUCGUGAAGGACUCCAACGUGGUAACAAUUUAUGUUUUCAUUCCCCUCUUUACAUUUGCAGGAUUUGUUCUAGAUGUUUCCAUGACUACAAGGUACAUACACCUUGUUGAGACCGACUUCCUGUCUCUUACUCACCUCCCUGCAUCUGUCUUCACACUGCUUUAGAAGAGUAAUCCCCGUUGAGGUAUCUCCCCUACUGUACAAAGGCUGCAUAGACAUCCACUGAUACCUCAUGAAGAUACUGAGCAAUAACAAUGCAUCAGCCAUCCACGUCAAACUGCUCUGAGAGGAAACGGGGUGACAUGUUUGUACCAUAUCCUCUUUGUCUUAUGUGGACACCUGCAUUGAGUUGUAACGUUCCAUAUAACUGAAUAUUUGAUUGUGUUAAUGCAAAUCCCUUUUGACAGCAGGUGUCACAUACUAUAUUCUGUAAAUAUUUGAAGAGAAAUAAAUAACAGAAUCUAUUGUAAAUACUAACUGGAGCCAAGCCCUGAUUUGUAUUACUGUAUUGUAAUACAUCAUGAUAAGAUUAUAUAUCUAUAUCUAUAUAUAUAUCUCUAUAUAUAUAGGAAUAUUUGCAGUAUAUCUAUAUAUUACAUAAAAUAGCUACCCAUUAAUAUUUAUAAUUGUGUGAUGAGAAAUUACGUGAAAUUGGUGUAUAGCUUUUGUGAUGACUCAAGAUGUAACACAGACUAUAAGAACUAUAUUGUACCUGCCCUAUUCAUAAAUGAAUGUUUUGUAAUAUACUGCUAGAGUGUGAAUUAGGAUACUCUAUGUUGUACCCUACUUCAGAAGUCAGCAAAAGAUGCCAAAAGUAUGCAUCUGGUGUGCAUAUUUCAAGUACUGUUAAUAUUGUGUAUGUGAGGUCAGAACAAUAACACCGUUUCUGAAGAUUGCUGUGCCCAUUGUGCCACGUACAGUUGCCUUGGUAACAUAAACCACUUUAUCCUAACUACUGAUUUUUCUUACUGUGAAAAGCCCCCAGCUCUGAGGUCUCUAAUGCGGGAGUAGGGCAGGACGUUUAGUAAUUCCAGUCAUGCCAAAAACAAAAGGCCCUUACUGUAAAUCAACAAAACAAUUAUAAUCAUAAGCCUCUGCAGAAUUUCAGCUCAGUGUUGGCAAAAUACCACAUCAUUUUGUUUUGCUCUCUUUUUACAAAAAUUCUGUUACAAAGAAGAAAACAACAAUGGAUACUGUGAGAUGUUAUUUUUCUAUGAAAUUAUCUUUUUUUAAAUACUCAGGUUUUAAGAUAUUUUGCUCUAGAUAAGCCAUUUGGAAGAAAAGCUACACAAGUGACACCAUGUUCACAAUACGGAGAGUGGAUUUGUGUUAUUCUAACGUUAAAGCAAUGUUAUGAUGAUUCUUUACGGCAGCUUUAGGAGACACAGACUGUUACGGGUGUUUGUUACCAACCCAUAAAUACCUUAAGGUUGAUGCUGUAAGUGAAUCUCAGAUUUUACCCAAACCGAAUUACCCAAAAUUAAUUGCUCGGUGUGCCCAUUUAUUUGCAUUGCUGUGCAGCCGAGAAAAUGAAGCGCAGUGAGGAAACCAACAUACUGUCCUCCCCAGCCAGUGGCCAUCCAGAGGAGCUCGGUAGCCUAUGUGUCAGACUUCUUUUAUAACGUUUGCUAAUGUUCUUUUUUUAGACUUUCAUUUCCUUCAGGCGAUUAAAUGGCCGAAACUGUAAACACAGUCUCAUAACACUGGAAAUAAACUGCUGAACUAAU